UGCGCCUGCGCGUUGCGGUAGCGCACGUGUCCGAGCCGGAAGCCCGUGCCGCUGCCGGAGACUCUUCGGCAUGGAGAGCGCGAUGGAGGCGCAGACCGUGGGCGCUGAGGACGGCUUCACCCAUGUUCUCCGCAAGGGGGGUCGGCGGGCGAAAAAACGGCGGGCUGAGCAGCUGUCCUCGGCCGGAGAGGGCGCGGACGCGGGGCGUAUGGACACUGACGAGGCCCAGCCGGCCAAGAGGCCCGUGUUCCCGCCCCUCUCCGGGGACGCGUUCCUGAGUGGGAAAGGCGAAAUCAGGAAAGUUCCAGUCCCAGCCAACAGAUACACGCCCUUAAAAGAGAACUGGAUGAAGAUUUUUACUCCGAUUGUAGAACACUUGGGACUUCAGAUACGCUUUAACUUGAAAUCGAGGAACGUAGAAAUUAGGACAUGUAAAGAUACCAAAGAUGUUGGUGCUCUGACCAAAGCCGCUGAUUUUGUGAAAGCCUUUGUCCUGGGGUUUCAGGUGGAGGAUGCACUUGCCCUCAUUAGACUGGAUGACCUCUUCCUAGAGUCUUUUGAAAUUACAGAUGUAAAGCCCCUAAAGGGAGACCACCUAUCCCGAGCUAUUGGAAGAAUUGCUGGCAAAGGAGGAAAAACCAAAUUCACCAUAGAGAAUGUGACACGGACACGGAUAGUUCUGGCUGAUGUGAAAGUUCACAUCCUUGGCUCUUUCCAAAACAUCAAGAUGGCAAGAACUGCUAUUUGCAACCUCAUCCUGGGAAAUCCUCCUUCAAAGGUCUACGGCAACAUUCGAGCUGUGGCUAGCAGAGCAGCAGAUCGGUUCUGAUUGUGAAGGAGAGCCCUUUUAUCUUGUGUUUGGACUCCAGAGAAAAAGACCAUACCCGCAACAAGUGGGCACAGGAAACAACAUGAAGAAUUUUUCAGUCACUUGUAGCCUUAAUUUGUUCCUUCUUCCCUUCUCAGCCAGACAUGAACAGAAAGGAAGAGGUUGAAUAUUCACAGUCAGCCGGAUCAUUUAAAUACCGGCAUUCAGUACCAUUAUUAUAUCAACAUAUUUUAAGUAGCAGAUUUGCAUACUUUAUAAUUCUCAUUUUGCGAGAAACUUACGGUUUAAACAGUUCUUCAUGAGUUUGUAAGCUUUUAUUUAUAAAUUUACUUAAAAAUUUAAUACACAUUUCUUCUAGGAGUUGUAUUAAAGAAUUAUCUCAGAAAAUUUCUGACUCUACCAUAAAUUCUGGGUAGUCUGCAAACACUUUUAAGCCAUUGUCAUGUGUAGGCUUUGGGUAUACUCAAAGGAUUAAUAUCUGUGUCCCCAAAAACAUUCAGUCAAAAGAAUAUAAACAUACUAUUCAUUUCAGCAGUGAGCACAGUAGCUAGAAUAUAGAAUUCUAACCAGGUAUACAAUGAUAGAUGGGUGGAUAAUGAAGGUAUGAUGCAUAUACACAGUGGAGUACUGGGCAGCUGCAAGGAAGGAUCGACUCGUGCAGUUUACGGCAACUUGGAUGGAACUCGAGGAUGCCAUGUUAAAUGAAGAAUAAUAACUACCUGAUGGUUUCACUUAUUUGCAGUGGGGAUACCUCAGUUACCCUUUAUCUAGACUAUUGAAAUGAGGUCAGAGAAGGAAAGAAAUAUAGAGAGGGUAAGUAAGAAGAGGCAGACUGGAGUAGCAAGGGCAGGGCCCCCUAGCACUUUGGUGGUGUAGAGGUGAGGGAUAGAUGUUUAAACAAAGCAGGAAACCCAAACCACAAUAACUGAAUUUAAAAAUGUGCCUGUUGAGGGGAGUGGGAGGGAAUAGGAGGACAUUGGUAAUGAGAUUGGUGUUAGGACAUUGCAUACCAUGAAACUAUUAUGAGCACUUCAUAAAUCAUGGUGCCUUAAAUUUUAAGUUUGUUUUUGUUUUGCAGUUUGUCCUUUAAAGUUACAGAACUACAACACAAAAUUGUAAGGAUAGAGUUUUUCAAAUUCCGUAUUUAAUAAAGGUAAUCAGAACUUG